AGGGCAAAAAGGGGAAGAAAGAUAAGGAUGGCAAGGACGCCAAGGGCAAAGGCAAGGGCAAGAAGGGCAAAAAAGAGGACCCCAGGGACAUCCCGCCAGAGAAGGUCGGCGAGGGCGAGACUUGGGAGGUGUCGCGGCAUAAGACCGGCCUGUGCUUGCUGGGCGAACUGGCGCCAGCGAACGUGCACUGGAAGUACGUCCUGAAGGACGAGUCUCGGCGCUCGUUCGCUGGCUUCUUGCCCAAAGCAUUCAGCGAGGCCCAGUGCGCCACCUUCUUCGAGAAGGUGCGCGAUGGCACCGACUGGAAGCAGCCGCAAGGCACCCACGGCCUGAUGCCUCGGAAGACGGCGUGGAUGACGAAGAAGGGCUGCACGUGCACCUACAGAUACGGUGUCUUUGAGGUGCCCAGCGAGGAGUUCCCGCCCUACAUGAUCGAGCUCCUGAAGCUGGUAAUGCCGAUGUGCGGCAUCACUAACCAGCAGGCCUGGCCCGAUUCGUGCAACCUCAACCUCUACGACGACGGCGGCGCCUCCGUAGGC